AUGGACAGUCCUGAAGAAAACAUCGUCGCCAUAUCAAACGAAACCACAGUCGCCGUUACCAGUGAGGAGACCGUUACCUCGAUUCGUGUCCCCUCUGCUUCUCCAACUCCUGGACCUUCAACUGAAAGCAACCUGAAGCGUAAACUACCAAACUACCAAGAGUCAAGGAACGGAGCUGUAUGGGUAGAGUGCAUGAGCUGCGGCAAAUGGUACCACCAAGAAUGUACUGGCACAGAGUCGCCACAGUUCCUGUGUGAUAAUUGUGAUAAAGUAGACUUUUCAGGCACUGAUGACAGUGAUUGGGCACCUGAAUAG